AUGUAAUAUGAAAUGGAGGAUAGUUAAAUGCAGUUGAUGCUAACCAUCCUUCAUUUAUUUUUGUAAGUCAAUAAUUCUUCAUUGUGAAUUAAUUCUAUAUAUGUAAUUCUGAUCAUCAAUACCAUAAAGAAAUAUUCCUAACUAAAAUAUAUUUAGCAAAUCAUUAUGAGCCAGAUUUUAUUGUUUUAACAAAUUCAUUCACAUCAAGAUAUGCAAUAAUUGGUUUCAUUCUAAUGAUGCUAAGAUUGAAGAUUAUUUCUCAGUAAUAUAAUAUAUUCAGAAAAAAGUGUACAGCAUCCUAAAAUAUUAAAUAUUUAAUAACAUUAAUGAUGCUGAUCAUGAUCUAUUUCCAAAAGUGAUGUAAAGUAAAAUAUUUAAGAAAAUAAGCGAAUAAAUAAUAAUACUAAUAAUAAUAAUAAUCAAAUUCUACUAUUCAUCUGAUCCUAUAUUUGUUUAAGAAUUUGCAGCAGGACCAAACAUGAUUUAUACUAAUUGA